UUGUGUUUUGUGCCGAGGACCGAGUCAAGUGCCUGGACCAUUUUACGAUUAGUAACAGAUCCCAUGGUGUUGAUGGUGGCGUUGUUCUUGUUAUCCACGGAUCUCGUCGCGGAAUCGGUGCUGAGUUGCGGAACGAGGUCCAGUGAUUACCCACCGGCGAAGUGGCCAUUCCACGUGGGUUUGUUCGCGAUGGAUUUGCCAAACCAGGAGCACUACUUUUGUGGUGGAACGCUGGUCGGGGACAGAACCGUACUGACCGCAGCCCAUUGUGUUAUUGGGUAUCGGACGACACAAUCGACGAGCAAACCCCUGCUGACGGUCCACGUGGGCAAGUACGAGCUGUACAACCCGACGCGCAACAACGGAACAAAGUAUCACGUGGCCGCCGUUGUGAUUCACCCAGAGUACAACGUAGAAUCGUUGACCAACGACGUGGCGGUUCUUCAGCUGGUCAAGCGUGUCGAGUUCAGCCGGGUGGUUCAACCGGCGUGCUUAUGGCCGGCUAAUGCUACCAGCUUAGACGACAUUCCUGGUACCGUGGCCACGGCCGUCGGUUGGGGUAUGGACGUCAACGAGCGGUUCUCGAAUGUGCUCACCGAGAGAACUCAUCCGGUGGCGCUGAAAAAGGAAUGUGAAAAACAGUUUGGAGCAUCUUUUCUACGGUCUAUGGGAGAGGACUCUAUUAUGUGUGCAAGAACCAGUGUUUGCGCCGGAAGUGGUGGAAGCGGACUAUACUUGGAACAAAACGGCCGAAUGUUUCUUCGCGGAAUCGUUACGUUUGGUCCAAAAACAGGCAAUGGUCACCGCUGUGGAGUCAAUACUUUUACGGCAUUUGCCAAUAUUGCCCUGUACACCACGUGGAUUCAGCAGCAGCAAGAAGACAACUCUACGUUGGAAACUGACCAUAACAUAGAUGGACAAAGUGCAGAAGUUGAUUGA